GGCUACACUUGGGUUUUAUUUUGAAAGUCCAGACGGGAAGUGGUGUCGCAUCACGCUCGCUCUCCUCGGGUCCAGAUCGCCGAAAGUGAGCGUAGUUUGUAACAGUGUGCGGGGGUCGUUUGGACCGCACGCCUGAAAGUACGCAGCCGGUAACCGCAGGAAUGGCCGCGCUCGUCUCACAUCUGGAUGAAGGAAAGCGGGCGCGAGGAAGAGGAGCUUCGUAUUAACCCACCAGUUAAAAAAAAAAAAAGGAAAGGAAACGUGGACAAUGGUAGCGGCGUCUCUCGCGCUGCUCUGGAUUUGACUUCAUCCACGACUCGCACCGCUCAUCAAAGGAACAGCCGCAGGGCCCACGCGCUGCGUCCCUGAGAGACAGACAGAGACACAGAGACGAAGAAGCGUCUUUCUGUCUCCGCUCCAACCAGGAGGAGCAGGAGGAGGAGGACAUUUUUGGGCGGCGAGACGCACCAUUUGGAGGAGGACUGAGCCGCCGCACUUACCGCCGCCGCGGAGCUCCAGCGUGGGGGAAUGAAGCAGGGCUCCUCCGCGGCGAAGGCGGCGCCACGCUGCGCCAGGCGGGAAACCUCCGCGCCCGCCGCGCCGUGCCUGACGUGAGCUCGCCGCUCACGAUGCCCGUCCGCCCCGGGGGAAGAAUGGUCCGCUCCACUCCCGCCCCGCAGGCGGGGGACGUCAACGUCAACGCCAGCCUCUGCUGCCCCGUCACGGGACUGCUGAACUUCUCCGCGCGGCCGCCGACGGAGAGCGCCGCCGCGGGCUCCCGGCCGCCCGCGGGCCCGCCGCCGGGCGUCGGCCUCCCCCUGCAGGUCUUCUUUUGCUCCGUCAUGGUCGCCGUCCUGCUCUUGGCUCUGCUGGGCAACAUGGUGGUGUGCCUGAUGGUGUACCAGAGGUCCGCCAUGCGCUCGGCCAUCAACAUCCUGCUGGCCAGCCUGGCGUUCGCCGACAUGAUGCUGGCCAUCCUGAACAUGCCCUUCGCCCUGGUCACCGUGGCGACCACCCAGUGGAUUUUCGGGGACGCUUUCUGCCGCGUCUCGGCCAUGCUCUUCUGGUUCUUCGUGAUGGAGGGCGUGGCCGUGCUGCUCAUAAUAAGCAUCGACCGCUUCCUCAUUAUUGUCCAGAAGCAGGACAAGCUGAGCCCCCAGAGAGCCAAAGUGCUCAUCGUGGUCACCUGGGGGCUCUCCUUCAUUUUCUCCUUCCCCCUGGCGGUUGGUUCCCCUCCCUUGCAGAUCCCCCCCAGGGCCCCGCAGUGCGUAUUUGGCUACAGCGUGGAGCCUGGUUACCACACCUACGUGUUGGUCAUGCUGCUGGCCUUCUUCUUCCUGCCCUUCAUGGUCAUGCUGUACACGUUCAUGGGGAUCCUGAACACCAUCCGCCACAACGCCAUCCGCAUCCACAGCCACCCGGACAGCAUCUGCCUGAGCCAGGCGAGCAAGCUGGGCCUGCUGAGCCUCCAGAGGCCCUUCCAGAUGAACGUGGACAUGAGCUUCAAGACGCGUGCCUUCACCACCAUCCUCAUCCUCUUCUCCGUGUUCACGGUGUGCUGGGCCCCGUUCACCGCCUACAGCCUGGUGGCCACCUUCAGCGACGGCUUCUACCGCAAAGACAGCUUUUUCCGAACCAGCACGUGGGUCCUGUGGCUGUGCUACCUCAAGUCGGCCCUCAACCCGCUCAUUUACUACUGGCGGAUCAAGAAGUUCCGCGACGCCUGCCUGGAUCUGAUGCCCAAGUACUUCAAGUUCCUUCCUCAGCUGCCGGGCAACACGAAGAGGCGCAUACAGCCGAGCGCCGUGUACGUGUGCGGAGAGCAUCGCUCGGUGGUCUGACGGGGGGGGGACAGACAAUGUUAGAAACAUGCUUUUACAUGACGUACCGUUGCCGUUCUAGAGCGAUUUAGUUGUUUGCUGGUACGCUUCUGCUGCCGUGUGUCCAGAACGAGAUCAGCACCGCGUGUAAUAAAAGAAAAAGGCCAGGUGCUGGUUGCUAUGGGUACCAGUGAGACAACAAACUACAAUCCAGGAAGUUGACUUUGUGUCAGAUAUAUUAUAUCAGAUCUAUAGAACCAAACCUUUGUUCACCGUGCAUCAAAUUGAUCUAUGAAAACACGUAAUAGUGCCCAUUGCGUUGUUAAUGCCUGACCUGGAGACCGUAAACGUGAUUUUCUACAAAAGCCUUUUUUUAUCAGAGAAAACCAGCCAAAUGUGUUAAAUGUUAAACACAAACAGCCAAACAAGAGAUGUUCCUCAAUAGAAUACAGGAUGAAUCCGAUAUUAACUCUAUAAUAAAGGACAUUAGAAGAGUCCUGCUGUGUGUGUGUGUGUGUGUGUGUGUGUGUGUGUGUGUGUGUGUGUGUGUGUGUGUGUGUGUGUGUGUGUGUGUGUGAGAAUGUUCUCAGCAGGACAUGUGCUCUCACAUUGGUCACAAGGCCUCUGAGUUUACCGUGUGGGGGGAUUUUUUUUUAUUUUAAUUUUUUUAUCACUGGAAACGUACAAUUUCCACGCGUGGCGCUGUGCUCACGUUCGAUUGCCAUUUGAUUGGAGUUGUUUUUUAAUUUGGCGGUGCAGACGCGGUACCACGCUUUUGUAAUUAAAAAUACCUAUUUUUCGAUUUGGGUGCUGAUGCGAAAUCUCAGCUCAUCUUGUACCGUUAGAAGUUGUCUCAGCUGCAGACCUCUGUCCACCCACUCAGCACAGAGUACAACCCCCCCCCCCCGAGGAGGAUGAUGGGAAGUCAUUCUAGAAAAUAACAGAAACCUUGAAGUAAACUAAAAGUCAAAGGAAGGAAAACCGUUCAUAACUCUGAAUGCACUGAAAGGCACAGAAAAUAAAACGGGUGAAUCUUGUUUAAUAAACCUGCUGCGAACCCCGAGGUGUUGCAGGGGGACGACUGCGCGUUUCAGCUGUGUAGAAUUAGUUCCACGAGGCAUGUAAAUGAAAAGCUUAAAGUGGCAUUUGAACAUGUGCGACACGACACAUCUGGCAAGCGUAUUUCUAUUUAAAUGUUUUGGAUGUGCCUAUUAAUUAAUGAGUCCAUUUGCCAGUCAGAAUGCUGCUAUAUCUGGUGAAAAUGUGCAAUUUAAGUGUACUGUACGUUGAAUGUAAUAAAGAAAUGGACAUUUCUUACCUUGGUAAA